CCGGCCCCGCCGCCAUGGAGCUCUCGGAGGAGGCGCUGAGGAAGCGGCUGGGCAAGUAUAAAUUCAGAGACCUGACCAUUGAAGAACUAAAGAAUGUUAGCAAGACCUACCCAAACUUCACGUUCUCCAUGAACACAUACACCUUCAAGGAUGGAUCCCAGAAGGACCUCCUGAAUUUUAGUGGUACUGUUCCAGUGAAAUAUGGUGAUUUCUAUAACAUACCCAUUCAUCUGUGGAUUCUGGAUUCUCAUCCCUUUGCUCCCCCCAUUUGCUUCUUGAAGCCGACUGUGAACAUGGCCAUUUCAGUGGGAAAGCACGUUGAUGCCCACGGCAGGAUUUAUUUGCCUUACCUGCAAAACUGGAGCCAUCCUAAAUCAACUGUUAUUGGAUUAAUCAAGGAAAUGAUUGCAAAAUUUGAGGAAGAGCUCCCUUUGUAUUCACUGUCAUCUUCUGAAGCAGCCAGGCAAUCGGAACUUCUCUCCUACAUUGCAAAGAUUACUGCAGGAGAGACUGACACGAAAUCAAAGACUAAACUUGGUGGAGGCAAAAAUGAAGGAUGUUUUAACAAAAUUACUGUUGUUGGAGCUGGAGAUCUUGGCAUUGCAUGUGUGUUAGCAGUUGCAGCAAAGGGUGCUGCAGACAAGGUAGUUCUUCUGGAUCUUUCUGAAGGUACAGCAAAAGGAGGGACCAUGGACUUGGAGAUCUUUGCUCUGCCAAAUGUGGAGAUCAGCAAAGAUUUUUCUGCUUCAGCUGAUUCAAAAGUUGUGGUACUUACAGUUAAUUCUCUGGGAAAUGCUCAGACUUAUCUUGAUGUCAUACAAAGCAAUGUGGACUUGUUCAGAGGAAUUAUCCCAGCAAUAUCACACUACAGUCAGAACACCGUUCUCCUUGUUGCUUCUCAUCCAGUUGAAGUAAUGACAUAUGUGUCGUGGAAGCUGAGUGCAUUUCCCAAAAGUAGAGUUAUUGGAGUAGGUGCCAACCUAGAUACUGAGAGAUUUCAGUAUAUACUGACAAAUCUUUUGAAAGCAGAGGCACUGGCAAAAGAUGCUUGGAUUAUUGGUGAACAAGGAGAAGACAAAGUACUGUCCUGGACCAGUUGUAAUUUAGCUGCAAAUCAAAUGGAAGCAAUGGCUUCUCGUAACUCAAGGGAAAAGGUGGCUAACAGAGCUAUGGAAGUUCUAAAGGGAAAAGGUCAGAGAUCUUGGUCUGUUGGGCUCUCAGUUGCUGAUUUGACUGACAGCAUACUGAAAGAUAAAAGAAAGGUUCAUUCUGUAUCCACUCUGGCAAAGGGAUGUUGCAAUAUAAACAGUGAAGUGUUCUUAAGUCUACCCUGUGUUCUCGGAACCAACGGAGUGAUUGAAAUGGUCAAACUAGAAGAAGAUCCACUAGUGCAAGAGAAACUGCAAAGCGGUGCAGGGUCAAUUCAUGACCUUCAGCAGCAACUGAAACUGUAAGCAAGCACAAGGGAAGCCACUGUGUCUGCUCACAAAAUCCGGAGAUUUGCUAGGCAAAAAGGCUUGCUUGGUAUAUAUGGAUUUCUAUAUAUAAAACAAGAAGGUUUUUUUACUGUACUUCCAAAAAGUGCUUUCUCAGUUUUGGUUUAAAUUAUUUAAUAAUGUGCUGCAUAGUAACUUAUUUGAAAAGUGCACUUUUGGAAGCCAAAAUGAGGAGGGUAGCGCGCAGGAAUGUUUUACCUACAUUCAGCUGAAUUUUGCCUGUGGUUUUUUGUUGCUAAUUAUAGCCUGAUUCUUGGGUUAUUCUUAGCAAUUUGCACCUCAUUAUUAGGACAUAGUCUGGGAGAGCGGCUUUACCCAGCUCUGCAGAAACUCCAGUGUACAGAGCCCGCUAGAACUCUGCCUCCAGGUUUUUCAGUGCUGCAUCAGGGGCUAGUCUAGGAAACGUCCACGCUCCAGCUCUUCGGGGCACCGGCGGAUACACUUCGGUAGCUCGCUCUUUCAUGCCUAUCACAGAUGCUCUUAUGUCAAUGGACUCCUGCUUGUUACUAAGGGGAAAAAAAGCUUGACGUUAGCAGUGCCCUUCAAAGCUGAAGUAUUGGAUAUGCAUUUCUGCUGUAUGUUUAAUGACAUCUGAGGCUUUCUGGUGAUGACUUGUUUGCUCUUAUUCUGUAAGGACGUUCAAAGCAUUAAGCAUCUGCAUUUUUUGGUACAUACACGCAGACUCUUACCCUGUGCCGCACUGGGAGAGAUGCGCUUCCUGACAGGGAGGAGCCAGGGGGUGGGCUUCAAAUAAAGAAAAAAAUCUGACAGUUAAGUAUUGCAGAAGUAUCUGUGAGUUUAGGCCUUGAUCCAAAGCCAAGCUGAUGUCAGAAAGCUUUCCAUCCGCCUGAGGGGGAUACAUCAGCUUGAGAAGGCAAUGGAACCCAUAACCCUCCUUGGGGGACGCCGAGGAUGUGGUGAAAAAACAGGAUGUAGAUUUUUUAGAUAAAUCAAAAAGCAGAUGUUUUUAAGAUAAAGUUUUUUUUUGGGGGGGGGGGGGUUCUAAUGUCUUGAUUGCUUGCACUGGUAAACAUUUGGGCUCCACUCCUGCUGUGUGCGGCGUAGGAUCAUCCUUCCGUAUUUAGAGGAGUGACUGGUUAAAUAUUGAAGGUUUCCGAGAAAAAGUAGGUCUGUGUCAGAGCAAAGGAUCUAUUCCUUUGUGUCUUCCGUAUCUCACCGAGUCAGACAUACAAGCAGUUCUGAGUUUAUAUUCAUCUCAGAAUUAAGAUAAAAAUAGAAAGAAAAAAAAGUCAGUAAAUCAGAUAAUUUUUUUUCAUGAAAUGAGAUGGUGCUGAGUGAUAGGGCAAAAUUCGUGUUGGCUGCAGGUGACCAACUUUGCUGCUAUAUUAAAAAAAACAACACCCAAAACAAUUGCUGGACCUCGGGGGUUGUUGGUUUGUUUUUUUUCUCUUACUUUGGAAAAAAACAGCAUCAAAUUAUGGUUUUACAUUGGUUCUUCAUGGUCUUGUGUUUAAUCUGUUGAGCGUUUAUUCUCAUGUUAAUAGUCCAGGUGUUUUGUUUGAUUGGGUUUUUUUGUUUUUUUGUUUUAUUAAUAGCUUUAAUCAUAAAAAGCUGCAAAUCCUUCCAGGGAUGUCUUUUAAGUUGAUGCUUAUGUUAUAAAAUAACUAGUCUUGACUCGUUGCUCUCGUGUUUUGUGUCAUAUUUCUUGAAAAAUAACCGGCAUGGACAUGGCACUUCACGUUCUCACGGGAAAUUAAUAUUUUUUAGCAAUAAACCGCAAUA